AAAAGCUGGAGUUGGUGACCACAGUUGAGUUAGCAGUUGGUUAACAGGUCCAGGCUGUUUUCCACCUCCAGAGGAAGUGAACCGAGCUCGGCCCCCGCAGAGUCAGCAGUCACGCAUUACAGUGUGCCAGCGCAUGCACCUUCACUCAGACCUUCCACAAGCCUCUGCGAGAGCAGACAUUUAAAAAGGGGAAGAAAAAAAAAGUUUCUCCUGUGGCUGUCCGCCUGGUGUUUGACUUGGAUAUUAGGACCUUAGGUAUGAAGGGAACAGAGGCGCUUUCAACUCUCCAGCGGUUGCCACCGCUUCGUGAGUCUGAGCUUACGACACGGGUUGCGAAGGCUAUUUGAUUUCUUUUUAAUCAUACUGCCUGUAAUUUGGGGAGAGAUCAAUAGAUGAAGUGGGACCUGGCUGCACCUUGGGUCGUAAUUCUUGGGCCCGGCUUCUUUAGUUCAGGGACCAGGAUGCUCCCUCAUUACAGCUCCAAUCCCUUGGGGCCUCUAGAACAGGAGAAGCAGAAGCUGGCUCAGGGAGUCAGAGCUGUGCUAUGCAGAGCAGCAUGCUUGUCCUUUCAAGCUUGUCCUGACCUUGUCCCGAGAAAGGGGCUUUCCUAAUGACUUCGAGGUCCAGACAUUACCAUAUCUUCUCCAGUGUCCUUUCCCAAGCUCACCCCCUCCUGUCACAAUAGCCUUUAUCCAGGGUCAGCAAAAUGAAAAAAGAAAAAAGAGAGAGAGAGAGGCGGCAACAGAGGCUAUUUCUACCUUCCUGGACACUUAGCUGCCCUCCAGACACCCAUGGCCUACCCUGUGGCAACUUCUCUAACCACGCCAGACACCUGGCGACCCAUAAUAUUUGAUACUCAGGUGCUCUUCAAUUACCCAUGGAUAAUUUAUGUGUGACCCAGGGAAGAACCAGGGCCAUCCUUCGGAGAGCUGUGAAGCACCAGUGGUAUUCUAAGGUGAUUAACUGGGACACGAUGGAAGAAAAGACCCCUCCCCCACAAAACUGAGGUCGACUGGCGGCGACGGAGAUGCGCUGUGUGUUACAGAAGAGGAGCUGGCUGGUGACGAGGAUAUGCCAUCUUUCCCGUGCACACAGGAGGGCCGGCUAGGCCCUCGCUGCAGCCGCUGCCAGAGGAACCUGUCUUUGCACACCUCCGUGCGGAUUCUUUACCUCUUCCUGGCCCUGCUCCUGGUGGCUGUUGCCGUGCUGGCCUCUCUGGUUUUCAGGAAAGUGGACUCUCUCUCAGAAGAUAUCUCCCUGGCCCAGGCCAUUUAUGACAAGAAGCUUAUGUCUAUGCAGGAAAAUCUCCAAGGACUGGACCUGAAAGUCCCGAACAACUGCUCUUUCUGCCAUGAGGCUGGGCAGCUGGGGCAAGAGAUCAGAAAACUGCAGGAGGAGCUGGAGGGAAUUCAGAAAAUGCUUCUGGCCCAGGAGGUCCAGCUGGACCAGACCUCUCAGACCCAUGAACUGCUCUCCACCACCAGCAGUCAGAUUUCCCAGGAGAUGGGCAACUCCUCCUUCUCUGUCCACCAGGUCAACCAGUCUCUGGGGCUCUUCUUGGCCCAGGUGAGGGGCUGGCAGGCCACCACAGCCGGCCUGGACCUCUCCCUGAAGGACCUCACUCAGGAGUGCUACAACGUCAAGGCUGCAGUGCACCAGAUGAACUUCACCGUAGGGCAGACUUCAGAGUGGAUACACGGAAUCCGGCGGAAGACGGACGAGGAGACCCUGACCCUCCAGAAGAUUGUCACCGACUGGCAGAACUACACCCGGCUCUUUAGCAGCCUGCGCACCACCUCGGCCAAGACUGGAGACAUGGUCAAGAACAUCCAGGCCACCCUGGGGGCCUCGUCGCAGCGCAUCAGCCAGAAUUCCGAGAGCAUGCAUGACCUGGUGAUGCAGGUCAUGGGCUUACAGCUGCAGCUGGAUAACAUCUCGUCCUUCCUGGACGACCACGAGGAGAACAUGCACGACCUGCAGUACCAUACCCGCUAUGCCCAGAACCGCACGGUGGAGAGGUUUGAGACGCUGGAAGGACGUAUGGCUUCUCAUGAGAUCGAGAUCGGCACCAUCUUCACCAACAUCAAUGCCACCGACAACCACGUGCACAGCAUGCUCAAGUACCUGGACGACGUGCGGCUGUCCUGCACGCUGGGCUUCCACACCCACGCCGAGGAGCUCUACUACCUGAACAAGUCCGUCUCCCUCAUGCUGGGCACCACGGACCUGCUCCGGGAGCGAUUCAGCCUACUCAGUGCCCGGCUGGACUUCAACGUCCGCAACCUGUCCAUGAUCGUGGAGGAGAUGAAGGCCGUGGAUACGCGGCAUGGAGAAAUCCUUCGCAACGUCACCAUCCUACGAGGUGCCCCUGGCCCUCCAGGACCAAGAGGACUCAAGGGAGAUGUGGGCGUGAAAGGGCCUGUUGGCAACAGAGGACCAAAAGGAGACCCCGGCAGUUUGGGGCCCCCGGGACCCCAGGGUACCCAGGGACAGCCCGGGGACACUGGACCUGUGGGAGAGAGGGGGCCGGUAGGCCUGCGAGGUCUCCCAGGCAUCAAAGGCUCGAAGGGCAGCUUUGGAACUGGAGGCCCGAGAGGACAGCCAGGCCCCAAAGGGGAUGUGGGGCCCCCCGGGCCAGAGGGUCCCCCAGGGUCUCCAGGGCCCUCAGGGCCUCAGGGAAAACCGGGGAUCGCUGGGAAGUCGGGUUCACCAGGUCAGCGAGGACCCAUGGGGCUUAAGGGUGAACCAGGGAUCCAGGGUCCCCCAGGCCUCCCCGGGCCCCCGGGCCCACCAGGAAGCCAGAGCCAUUACUGAGGAGGGCCCCGGGCCCAGGCACUGCUACAGAAUGCCAGGAAGCGGGCUCCGGGCACAGCCCGCCCCAAGAAGGGUGCAUCUACAGACAGUUGUGGCCCUGUGACCCCAAAGGGGGUUGUCCCCAGGCCUGCCCCUGCACAUGUGGGUUCCCAGUAGUGACUGUACCACAGAAAGCAGCCUCUCUCUCUCUCUCUCACACACACUCACACACACACACAUACACAUACACAUACGCACUCACACACACGCACGCAUGCAUUUCCC